CUUUUUCACCUAAUUAUGUACGUAGCUCAAAAAGUAUUAGAUGUAAAUUCAGGAAACCUUGCUGGAGUCUUUAACGUGAUGUGGCCUUGCACACUUGGCAUUCUUAUUGAGAAUCUUAGCUCUUAUUACAGAGUUAUGGCCCUUGAAAUAGCCAAAAUAGUGGAUUUUUUGUUUGUGAUGCUCAUAGCUCAAAAAGUAUUGGGCCUAGAAUAACGAAUCCUUUUCAUAAAAUGUUUGUUGAGGCUAAACCCCAUUUAGACUGCAAACAUUUGAGUUAUUGCCCCUUAUUUGUGACAAAUGUACCAGUGGAGGGCACACCCUGUGUCUUACAGACACAUUCUAGUUUACAUAAGGUUGGUGGUUUUAUCAAGAUGACAGCCCCUAAUAAAAUAAUUCCAGAGAGGCACCUGAAGUCUUCCUCCACCAUAAGCUGGAAAUAGGCCAUAUGGCAUAUAAUUGUGUAAGUCUGAUGUUAAACCCAACAAAAACAAAAGAAAACAUAUAUAAAAAGGGUAUGUUAGCUACAUUGUUCCAUUUGAGCUCAAGAAAUGCAUUUGAGCAUAGUUCUCUUUUGUGUGACUGUUGGUAUUUAAAUGUCUUGCUCAUUUUCUCACUUUUUCAUUUUACAUGGUUGGUACCAUAUGUAAUAAGACAGUUUUAGACCUGUGUUUUAGUACGUACAAAACUACAUUUUGACAUUAACCUUUAGCCUGCUGGUGGCAAGUGAUUCUGCCUUUGCAACCAGUGCAGACCAAGAUCAACCUGAUCAUGGUCUGCACUGUUCGCCAUUCAGUCAGUAUAUUUUUGGUAAGCACCCCUUUCAGCAGUUAAUGGCACUGUCCAAAUCGAAAUAUAGACAAGUUCAUUAUAGAAAUUUAGCAGGUGAAGAGUUGUCUCUAAUUGUAUGAUACAUACCACUUUAACCAAAGUAUAUUUCAGAGUAUGCCUAUGGUGGCCAUCCAUUCCCUAUGUCUGGUGUGUUUGAGAUUAUCCCCAAAGAUGCAGAGGAUCUUGGGGAACAAUUCAAGUUUAAAGAAUCUGUAGUACUGGGAUCAACAGACUUCACAAUGGAUGAAGUAUCUAAGAUUGUUGAAGAGCUGGGAAAACAAUUCAAGGGAGAUCAGUACCAUCUCCUAAGUAAAAAUUGCAACCAUUUCACGGCAGCAUUAACCAAGAUUCUGUGCGGGAAAGAACCUCCAAGCUAUAUAAAUAGACUGGCAUACGUGAGCUCCUGUAUACCAUUCCUUGAGCGUGCUUUGCCAAAGGAAUGGCUCACUCCAGUUGCUUUACAACAUGUGAUAGAGCCGGCUUCAGAAAUCUCAAGUUCUGAAGGGGCUGACAUCCACCUUGUGCCAAACUCUCAGCGAACUAAUAUGGCACCUACUUACUCACCACGCCUCUUCCGUGAGUCCAGUCCAUACAGCCCCACGGAACCAAAUUCAUUUAGCAGGGAACCAAACUGUCCUGAUAGGAGACAUUGAUCUUACUUCAGAUUUUAGAUUUAAAAUUUGUUGUUGUAUUUAUGUGAAUGGUAUUAGAUUGUGAAUCAGAGACCAGCUCGAAUGAUCAAGUCCAUGUUGCUGUGAAAUCAGAAAUGUUCGGCACAUAGAUUUUGUUACAUUCACAUUUUCUGUUUACAAACAAACAUCAGUUGUCAGGUAUAUUGUAUUUAGAUACAGUUAAGCCUGCCCGCGUAGCUCAAUAUGGAGAGCACAGAUCUACGGAUCACAGUGUCUUGAGUUCGAUCCCUGGGCAGGGUGUAUGUUUUUCGUGACGAUUUGAUAAAAGACACUGUGUCUGAUAUCAUUCAUCCUCCACCUCUGAUUCAUGUGGGGAAGUUGGCAGUUAUUCAUGGAGAACAGGUUUGUUCUGGUACAGACCCCAGAAACACUGGUUAGGUUAACUGCACGCCAUUACAUAACUGAAAUACUGUUGAAAAAAGGCGUUAAUCACAAAACAAAGACAAACUAUAAGAAAUUAAAUAGUUAAUACUCAAGUUUUAUUCCUUUAAAUUUUUGCUAGUACUGUAAUGGUUUUAAUCCGCAAAGUGGUCUGUUCUUAAGACAUUUAUUGACAUUUUGGAGCAAUGUGAAAUAUCUGAUUUUAUAGUACACGGGCCUCAGUGGCCGAUUGUUAAGGUCCUUGACUUAGAAUGACUUGCACAUCACUGCUGUGGGUUCAAGAUGGUGACUGUUGACUGUCUCAGUGUGGUGUUAAACUGCAUAAAACAAAACAGACCGAUUUUAUGCUAUGUUUUUAAUCAAAUCAUUGAUUUCAUUUUUUUUUUUUUUUUUUUUUUUAUAUGAUUUUUUUUAUUAUAACAAAAAGCAUCUGAUUACAUUUAACAUACAGUUGAACUUCUGUGUUUGCAUGUUAAAUUUUGUCCAUAUAUGAAUAUUUCGUAAUUGAACACAAUGUUGUUUGUGUUUUCAUUCUUUUUUCCAGUUUUGUUUUGAUUUUAUUUUUUAAGAAAUGCAAGUAAUUUCAGUACAUUUUAAACAGAUGUCUGUUUUUAAGCUAUGUUUUGAACAAUUUUCUGCAUUUGUGUGUAAUUAAAAGAGCAACAUUUAAAUAUAGUUUAUUUUGUUACAAUAUAUUUCAUAAGAGGUUCUGUUGUUUUUUUUGAGAGUCUUUUAAAACAUUUAAGACACUUUUGUUUUUAUUAGAGUUUGUUCCUGUGAUAAGUAAUUCCAGUACAUCUCUUUUAGAUAUUUUUUGCUUAUUUCUGUAUUAAUAUCGGUUAGAUUUUCUUUAAUUACAUUGUAACGCACAUAGUGCCCAAAAUAGAAAUGUUUUUCUGCUCAGUUUGCCUCAACCUAGUGUGCUACGGCAUUUUACAUUUUUUUUGUCAGAGUGAUUCUGUCAAAUACCUUUUCAGUGGCAAAACCAGUUGGGCAAGAAUUGUGAGAAAAUGAUAAAAUCACAAGUUCAAGUUUGUUGAUUUUAGUUUAUAAAUAAACAUUUUGUGCAUGUUGUGUUUAGAAUAUCAACAAUACAUGCGGGGUUCUUUGGUGUGAAGAUGAAAUCAUUAAGAUAUCAUUAAAUAGAUCUUUUGUCUUUUUUGCUGUUUUUAAAACAGUAGGAAUUUCUUUCCUAUCAUGUAUUACACUUUGUGCAAUAUAAAGAUCUCUGGUCAUAAUUGUUAUAGAAUUCUUCUAAAGAUAAAAACAUGUCAGUAUGUACAAGUUUAGAAUGAUUGAAUAAACAGUCAUAUGUUGAACUAGGUGACCAAAGUUAUAAAAAUGAGUUUGAAAACCGGUCUCAAAUCUUCUUCAUCUGAUUGGUCGAUACUAAGCUCAAAUUUGAAUUGACCAAUGACAGGGCAGCAUUCAGUGACUGGUCUCAAAACUCAGUUUCAUAACAUUGGACACAGUCUGAUACAUAUUUUGCUCAUGUUGAGAGAUUUGAUUAUUUUUUACCUUUUCUAUGGUUACAGAAGGAAGUGUAUGUGAUGAACAUCUUAAAAAGAUGAAGGUAAUGCAAACUGAAGGGAAUUGUAAAUUAUUUUGGAAAAGUCACAAAAAUCAAACAUUGAUGAUAUUGUUUCUUUCUUCUAAAAAAGUGCAUUGUGCUGUGUCAUUUGGAAAAGUCACAAAAUUCAAACAUUGAAGAUAUUUCUUUCAUCUAAGAUUGUGCAUUGUGCAUUGCCAUUGAUAGCUAAGUUUUAGACUUAUAAAGUACUAACGUAUAAAGGUAUGAUAAAGCUGGGAAGAAAAGUUUACAACUGACAGGGUAUCUGUUAAAACAGUCCAACUGAUAAUCAUUAACUUCAUAUAGUACACCUGUUUCGUUAAUUCCAUUGAACUAUAUAGAUGUUUAUUAUAUACCAUACUAUAAAUAGUAACAAAACUGUGUAGGACCAGAUCCAGUAAGCCAGGUCAAAUAACCUGAAGUGGGCACUAUAACUACUUAUUUCCCUGUCUUUAAUGAGUGAUGUUAUUUUCAACGUCAUUUUACCCCUGUUUUUGUCGUAGUAAAAAUUUGUUAAUGUUGAUAUUUUACCUGAUUAACUGAUUUAAACAAUCAAGUAAUCGUUACUGUGUAUAGGGAUAUAUUAAACAACUCAUUAAACAGCAGUGAUGUUCCUUGCAUGGUUAUUAGCACUCCUAAACCUAUAUUAGGACUCUGGCUAUGACGUCAUGCAAUACAUGUUGAGUUGUGCCAAUAACCACUUCAGGCCAGCCAUUGCGAUGUAUGAUAUAUGUUGACCUCUUUUUAAGUGAGUCAAGUUAUUUUUUAAUCAAGUUAUUUAUUGUCUGAAUCUGCAUGUCUACAUUUUGUACCUUACAACACCAUUUCUUACGACAGUUGUUCUGCCAGAGUCCAUUUUUAAAGUGUGAUGACAGAGAAAUGAGCUGCACCAUGAGAAAAUCAACAUAGUGCAUUUGCAACAAGCAUGGAUCCAGACCAGCUUGCGCAUCCACGCAGUCUGGUCAGGGUUCAUUCUGUUCGCUUUCAAAGCCUAUUGCAAUUAGAGAAACCGUUAGCGAACAGUAUGGAUCCUGACCAGAUUGCGCGGAUGUGCAGGCUGGUCUGGAUCCCUGCUGGUCGCAAACGCACUAUGUUGGUUUUCUCAUGGGUGGCUCAAAUACUAUUGAAACUCAAUGUCUUGAACUUACUGAUCUCGAAGAAUUUUUCAAGUUUCAUCCAGAAAACAAGUGCACAUGAUACCAAUUAUGUCUCCCACCACACAGUGGUGUGGGAGACAUAUUGAUUUACUCCAGUCUGUGUGUGCGUGUGUGUGUGUGUGUGUGUGUGUGUGUGUCUGUCACAAAGCUUGUCUGCACUCUAAGUCGAACAUUUCUCAUCCGAUUUUCACCAAACUUGAACAAAAUGUGUUUGACCAUAAGACCUCGGCCAAGUUCGAUAACUAGCCAAAUCGGUCCAGGCGUCUUGGAGUUAUGGCCCUUGAAUUACCAAAAAUCGGUCUUUUUACUCUUGUCCACCCUCUAAUUCGAAUAUUUCUCAUCCAAUCUUCACCAAACUUGAACAAAAUGUGUUUGACCAUGAGACCUCGUCCAAGUUCGAUAACUAGCCAAAUCGGUCCAGGCAUUUUGGAGUUACGGCCCUUGAAUUAUCGAAAAAUUGGCCUUUUUACUCAUGUCCGCACUCUUAAUCAAACAUUUCUCAUCCGAUCUUCACCAAACUUGAACAAAAUGUGUUUGACCAUGAGACCUCGGCCAAGUUUGAUAACUAGCCAAAUUGGUCCAGGCAUUUAGGAGUUACGGCCCUUUAAUUAUCGAAAAAAAUUGGCCUUUUUACUCUUGUCCGCACUCUAAGUCGAACAUUUCUCAUCCGAUCUUCACCAAACUUGAACAAAAUGUGUUUGACCAUGAGACCUCGACCAAGUUCGAUAACUAGCCAAAUCGGUCCAGGCAUUUAGGAGUUACGGCCCUUGAAUUAUUGAAAAAAAUUGGCCUUUUUACUCUUGUCGGCACUCUAAGUCGAACAUUUCUCAUCCGAUCUUCACCAAACUUGAACAAAAUGUGUUUGACCAUGAGACCUCAGCCAAGUUCGAUAACUAGCCAAAUCGGUCCAGGCAUUUAGGAGUAACGGCCCUUGAAUUAUCGAAAAAAUUGGCCUUUUUACUCUUGUCCGCACUCUAAGUCGAACAUUUCUCAUCCGAUCUUCACCAAACUUGAACAAAAUGUGUUUGACCAUGAGACCUCGGCAAAGUUCGAUAACUAGCCAAAUCGGUCCAGGCAUUUUAGAGUUACGGCCCUUGAAUUACCGAAAAAAUCCAUCUGUUUACUCUUGUCCGCUCUCUAAGUCGAACAUUUCUCAUCCGAUCUUCACCAAACUUGAACAAAAUGUGUUUGGCCAUAAGACCUUACCCAGGUUCGAUAACUAGCCAAAUCUGCCCAGGCACUUUUGAUUUAUGGCCCUUGAAUUACUGAUUGGAUCCACUCAUCCAGACCAUCUAAUUGGAUCCACUCGUCUAAAACAUCUAGAGAAACUAACAUUUUUCAGAGGGGCAGUUGUGGGAGACAUGCGCUUUUCUCAAAAGCAUCUCUAGUUUAAGUUUAAUUUAGUUAAAUCCAAGUGAAACACUCUAUCUCUUGGAAUUCUAGGUACCAAGUUUCUGCCAUCUUCUGUAAUUUUAUAUAUAAGUUCUUUUUUAAGUUUUAAAGUAAUGUAUUAAAUGUGUUCCAGCAAAAACGCAAUAUCAUUUUAAAAAGUUGUGAGACAGUUUUAAUUGAAAUUCUAUAUAUUUACUUUUUUUUAAGUGUUUAGUUCUGUGAUGAAUGAGACUGUGAAGUGGGUUGUGUAUGCAGGCACUUUUCAAAAGUAUUUUCAAAAAGUUUUUCACAUUGACUAUUACUUUAGAAAAGUAGACAUAGUGCAAAAUGAAAGAGAAAUGGUUUCUGAAUCCAACAAUAUUAUUAUUGUUGGUACAUGAUUUCAGUCAGUAGAUACAGGUUUUCAAAAAAUAAAAGUAAAUUACACCAGUAUUAAACACAGUUGGCAGAAAUAUUGCAAGAUGGAAAUAUAUAAAAGUCUCUUAGAAUAUAAUAUGUUUUGUGGUAGAUACUUUUGGUCACUGACUCAAUGUAAACAGCUUGCCUCACAUAAAUACGUCCAAACAUGUAUUGAGCAGCCAGCCAAAAGAGCAACAGUCUGGUUGCUUAAGGUAGAUGGCUACCUAAGACAAGUUGAUAUUAGAACAAAAAACUCCAUUUGGGAAGUAAGCUGAUUGGCCGUUUACUUAAUCUUUAGCCUGCUGGUGGCAAAUGAUGCCUUUGCAGACCAAGAUCCUUGCAGGCUGAUCUUGGUCUGCACUGUUUGCUAUUCAGUCAGUAAAUUUUCUGUGAACAUCCCUUUGAAUAAUAAGUGGUACUGCCCAAACUGAAUGAUGGACCAGUCCAAUUUGGAUGAUUAGGGUUAAUACAGGUGGCUGCUAAGGAAGAUUUAGCUGUAUACCAAGAAUCUUAUGCAGGAAUGUGUCCAGUACCUCCUUAAUUCAUUUUUUGAUAGCUCUUUUUGCAUUAAGCACUUAGUUAUUAUAUUCAUAAUUUUUCUGUACAUGUUUGUUAAAUCCAUGAAUAAAAGUAUUAUAGAAAGUAUAUUUUUGAAGAGUUUUAUACUUGUUGAAAAGACUGCUGUUAAUAAAGCCUAAAAUGCACAUACUUCAUUUUUUUAGCUGUCAAUAAAACAACUUUGUAAGUCUUGCUGUAAAUAAACUUUAAAAUGUGCACAUGAUGUCAAUUUAAACUCGUGCUGUCAAUAAAACUACCGUAUACUUUGUUAAUCUUGCUGUAAAUGAAGUCUUAAUUGCACGCUUGCUGUCAAUUUAAACUCUUGCUGUCAAUAAAACUACUCUAUACUGUGUUAAUCUUGCUGUAAAUGAAGUAUUAAUUGCCCACUUGCUGUCAAUUUAAAGUCUUGCUGUCAAUAAAAUCUAUACUUUGCUAAUCUUGCUGUAAAUGAAGUCUUAAUUGCAUGCUUGU